AUGUUUACGGAAAUAGGGAACUCUCCGUAUUCCGAUGUAGAUAUUGUUGCUGGAUUCGGUGAGAAUCGAAUGGCGUUUGCUGUCCACAAAUACAAGCUUGCCACACAUUCAAAUGUUUUCCGUGAUAUACUCGAAAAUGCUGUGGAUAAAACCCAGAGGAUUAUGAUAGUAAUUGACGAAUUCUCGCCAGCUGCGGUGAGGAGUAUGCUAGUUUUUAUUUAUUCGGGCUCAAUUUCUCUGCAGAAUAUGGACUUGAAGGAGGCUUCUGACGUUAUGAAGUUGGCGCAGAAGUACAAUAUUCCCGCUCUUACGACGAUGUGUGAAAGAGACCUUAUUCCGAGAGUUUGGUCUGGAAAUGUUAUCGACUGUUUUGAGUUAGCCGAUUUCCACCAAGCGAGUUAUUUAUACGAGCACUGCCUUGAUUUUAUCGGAGUGUCCGCUUGUGAAGAGAUGUCGAAUGUAGAAAUCAAAAUUAGGAGUGUCGGCUCGAAACAUCAAGACUUUUGGGAUGAUGGCAGUGUUGGUACACUAACAAUGCGAACAUGGUACCGGAAAUUCCGAUCUUGUGAUUUCGAACUCGAAUAUAAAGAAGGCCGCGGACGUCCCAAGGAUUUUGACGAUGACGAAUUGAAGGCAUUAGUGGAAGCAUUGCCAAAAACGAAUUUUCGUCACGUUUUCUUCCGUGAGUUCAAACUCGGUCGUAGUGCAGCAGAGACAUCUCGAAACAUCGGUUAA